CACGGUAUGUUCAUUUUAAGACAUAAUCCCAGAGCCGUGCAAAAACUCGCCUCUUUGCAUAGAAACGUCAUCGGACCGCCCAUCAGGCCAACCAAUGUAUUUCUCCUUUAUCAUGACAGACAUGACAUGUAACCAAUGAGUUUUCUUGCAAGGGUUACCCUCUCCUUAGCUCAAGUAAAAAGCGAUCCGUAUUAAAUAUCAGACAUAGCGGCAACGUAGGGUGAGAGCAGACAAGCAAAGCAAACAUGAUACGUUUAGUGAGCAGUGUUAUGCUUAGAGAUUUACAGAACAUUAUGAGCUACAGGACUUCGGCCAUCACAUUAGUUUCUGUGUCUGUUCGUAGUCUUGCCACACCAGUUGGCUAUCACAAUGUUCGGAACAGAGGCGAUGUAAGCUGCUGGAAGAGACGUUGGCUGACAGGCGCGUGUGUACUGCCGGCCCGGAGGUACAGUUCCAAAUCUGAGGGUACGAUGGAAAAUGAUAGCAGCAAACUAACUCCACCCGACGUGGAAUCCGCUUCCAAACCUUCAAGUGAUGAAAAAAAGAAUAAACAAGGUUUGUUGCCUAGUCUAGAAGACUUAUUAUUUUACACAAUUGCAGAAGGACAAGAAAAAAUACCAGUUCAUAAAUUUAUCACUGCAUUAAAGGCCACUGGAUUACGCACAUCUGACCCCAGGCUGAAAGAAUGCAUGGACAUGCUAAGAUUAUCUCUUCAAACGAUGUCGGAUGGUGUCAUGCUAGAUAAGGAACUCUUUAAAAAGUGUGUUCAAAGCAACAUUGUGCUGCUAACGCAGGCCUUUCGAAGAAAGUUUGUGAUUCCAGAUUUUAUGUCUUUUACAUCACACAUCGAUGAACUUUAUGAAAAUGCCAGGAAGUUGUCUGGUGGAAAGGUUGCAGAUUAUAUUCCUCAACUAGCUAAAUUCAGCCCUGAUUUGUGGGGAGUUUCUAUUUGUACUGUAGAUGGGCAAAGGCAUUCAGUAGGUGAUACCAAAGUACCAUUUUGCCUCCAGUCUUGUGUGAAACCUUUGAAAUAUGCCAUUGCAGUAAAUGACCUCAGCACAGAGUAUGUACACCGAUAUGUUGGAAAAGAGCCCAGUGGCUUACGGUUCAACAAAUUAUUUCUUAAUGAAGAUGAGAAACCGCACAAUCCUAUGGUAAAUGCUGGUGCUAUUGUGAUCACUUCUUUAAUAAAGGCGUUUGGAACGUUUGCUUUAAUGAACAAAACAAUAGAACGUGGCCAUCGAAAGCAAGGAUCAAGCAAUGCUGAAAAAUUCGAUUAUGUGAUGCAGUUUUUUAAUAAGAUGGCUGGCAAUGAAUAUGUUGGCUUCAGUAAUGCCACGUUUCAGUCAGAGAGAGAAAGUGGAGAUCGAAAUUUUGCAAUUGGAUAUUACCUUAAAGAAAAAAAGUGCUUCCCAGAGCACACUGACAUGGUUGGAACUCUGGACUUUUAUUUCCAGUUGUGUUCCAUAGAAGUUACUUGUGAAUCUGCCAGUGUCAUGGCAGCAACAUUGGCAAAUGGUGGCUUCUGUCCGAUAACAGGGGAGAGGAUUCUGAGUCCUGAAGCAGUCAGAAACACAUUAAGUUUGAUGCACUCUUGUGGAAUGUAUGACUUUUCUGGACAGUUUGCAUUUCAUGUGGGCCUGCCGUCAAAAUCUGGAGUUUCUGGGGGCAUCCUACUAGUUGUGCCCAAUGUUAUGGGUAUGAUGUGUUGGUCUCCUCCACUUGAUAAGCUGGGAAACAGUGUUCGUGGGAUUCAGUUCUGUCAAGAUUUGGUAUCUCUUUGCAACUUUCAUAAUUAUGAUAAUUUAAGGCACUUUGCAAAAAAGCUUGAUCCUCGUCGGGAAGGAGGUGACCAAAGGGUGAAAUCUGUAAUAAACCUUUUGUUUGCAGCUUAUACAGGGGACGUGUCUGCUCUCAGAAGGUUUGCGCUCUCUGGAAUGGACAUGGAACAACGUGACUAUGAUUCUCGCACAGCCUUGCAUGUAGCAUCUGCAGAAGGACAUGUUGAAGUUGUUCGUUUUCUGCUCGAAGCAUGCAAAGUAAAUCCAUUCCCAAAGGACAGAUGGAAUAACACUCCAAUGGAUGAAGCAAUGCAUUUUGGACAUCACGAUGUUGUAAAAAUCCUUCAAGAAUACCAAAAUAACUAUAAACCCUUGGAUGAACCAAAUAAUGGAAAUGAUCAGACAGUUCAGACGAACCUGGAUGGAAUGUUAUAACUACAAGUUACAAAACUUGAUAUAUUUGCACUUGCUAGGGUAGUAGGAACCUAUGAAGAGCGUGUAUUUGUAUUGUAUACUAGUAUAUUUUAAAUAGUGUACAUGUGUUUCCGUGUUAUCUUUUUUGUUGAAGGCUCAAUAUGAAAUAUGAGAAAAAGCAACAAAGGUCAAGCUAAGGUUAUUUUUGAAAGUGCAGAGUUAAUAGGUUUUAUGCUAAAUAUGUUUGCCCUAAUUUUUAGUGGCAUUUGAGUAAUCAUUAUGCACCUUUUGUAUUGUGUAUUAUAUACAAAGUUAUACUAAAACCAGUAAGCGAGUACACUGUUGCUUUGUCUCAGGUGAUAUUCAGGCUAUCAGAUUGUACUUGUCCAUGUGUGGAGCUAAUAUUAGAUUUAUAUGUUGGUGGUGCUCUGCUUGGUAUCUCCACCGCUUGUAGAAAUAAUAUAUGCAUAUCUCUCAGUAUUUCCAAAUGGCACGCACAUGACUCUGCAACUUCCAAUCAAUGUGUAGUUUUAUUCAGCAGUGCAGAGAUCUUGACUAAAACUGCACAUUGAUUGCACAUUGCAGAGUCAUGUGAAAUAUUGUGACAUUGUAUAUACACUAAAGCAUUUUUCUUAAAUUGAGAGAUAUUAUAUUGACAUACAGAAUCACAAAAUGCAGUAUCUGACAAAUUAUAUUGUACUUUUAGAAUACCUUUUAGUAUAUUCCAUUUUCGGACCAUCCAAGUAAUGUUUUUUAUGAUGACAAAUUAUCAUACAAGGAUUUAAAGUAUCAGUAACACCAAAAAUUGUAAUGAAUAAUAUGACAACAUUUUUUCUAUUUCUAUUAUUAGAAGAAGCCCUGGUUAUUAUUGCAGCAUAUUUAUACUCUGUUCAGCCAUAUUUAAUCUGUUAUCUAUUGAAAGCCCUACUGCUUUAGAUAAGGCAUAUUCACAACUGUUCUGAUAAGCCGUAAGCAUACAUGCUCAUAUCUGGUUGGCAGUUUUGUUAAUUUUUACCAUAAUGGCCAACUGUCUUGGAAUGUAUGCCAGCUUGGGCUUAGGUUUCAAUAGAUACUGCAAUCUAACAAAGGUUCACAGAUUAUCUGUUUUGUUUUGAAAAUGCCUUCUGCCGAAGAUGUCACUGUAUGAGUAGUUUAUUGGCAAGUAAAAGAAGAAAGUUCCUUUUCACUUCCUUAAGAUCUUUUGGUAUAUGCACUGUUAGCCCAAAUGAAGAAAAAAUUGGAGCAUGGCCUUGCACUUGUAUGGCCAGUUAUUUGGAUAGCAUAGAAGAUUGGCUAGUGUAUGGCCAAAUUUCCCAAUAAAAUAAAAUGUAUUUAGAAAAUGUCAUGCUGGAGUUGCAUUUUAAAAGCACAGACUAUGUAAAAAAGUUUAGGGCCUUUUUGACAUCAUGGUUUUACUCGACCAUCAACAGUUAAAACUGCAGUCUAGUAUUUUCAUUACCCAGAGGUUAACCUCUCCAGUAGCUAAUGAUUUUCUGACAGGAACCCAAAAGGAUUUCUAACAACGUAUUAGAAAAUGUUGUUGAACAUAUUCUAACACGGCAUUAGUAAGCAAUUGUUAGAAAUCCUUUUGAUGGGUGGCUUUGGGAGGCACAAGUAUAUAGUAUAUUCAGUGCACAUACAGUGUAUUUAGUGUAAACAGAAACAUAUUUCAUGCAUUCAUUAGUUUAAAAUUACUUACAUAUUUUAUAGCACGUAAAAACACAAAAUAUCAUAUCUUUUAAGUUAAGGUUUUCCCUAAACCUUCCUAUCUUUAGGGAGUGGUAGUCUUAGAAAAUAUUUUGUUCCAUUGUCCAUUGUUAUGCCACUGCUUAACAAUUUAUUAAACAGCCAUCUCAGGGAAAAGUCCAAAUAUCUAAGAACCACCACCAAAAUGCCUUGGUAAAAACUGACAAAUGCCUAGAGCACUUUGAUCUAUGGGCCUCUAGAACAUCUAGUGGUCGAGAAAGAUAAAUCAUAGUAAAAUAGGUCAAUUAAUAGCUUAACAUUUUUAAAAGCUCACCCUGAGCUCAAGCAAGAAUUUUGCAAUAUAUCAGUUGCUUGCUGGAUUCUGUGCAUUUCCUUUUGUAGCUGCCGUACCAGGGUUCAUUGAAGUUAUCCAAGCAUAUACUUCAUUCAGUUGCUUGUGUGCUCUUUGUAGUAGGUUGUUGAUCUUUUCAGCAAGUUACAAAUUACAUAAACAAUAGUUUUGGAUAACAUAUUUAUUGUUUUGUAUACAUUUUAAAUAGACUUGUUGAUGCUCAUAAAUGAUAAUUAAGCAAUCAUAAUAGCAUGGCAGUAAGAAAAUAAUAGGAACUAUUUUUAAUUUGUUAAUAGAAAGACGAGAAGGUGUUAAAACUCAAAAUGAAGAAAAUAGCUUCUAGAAGAUAUAUAUAAAGGCAUGAUAUAACUAUAUGAAUGCCUUUGCUCUUGAAGGUAACCCUCUAGCAGCACAGGUGGGAAAAUGAUGCAUUAUUUUGUUAGUUGCAGAGCUGAAAUAUAGUAAUUAACUUUAUUAAUUACUAAUCAAUCAACCCUAUAUUGUGACAUUUAUAUUCUAUAUAUACUGUAUAUUUUGCUUCAGUCCCUAAGUAUGUGCAGUAAAUCUGCAGAAAAGAAGAUGGGGAGCUAAUGGGGACAUCUUUGGAGGCACAGAUUUUCCCUGCUUAAGGGCUGUGGUUACUUUGGGCUGGUACAGAAACCCAAAACAAUAAUGUACAACAUUUAUAGGCUACUUCUUUAGUGAAGCUUUAGUUCUCCUUUAAUGAGUACCCACAUGGCACCAAAGCAGUUUAUUUAUAUAAAUUAUAGUAGUGUUACUGAAGAACAAACAUCAAUUUACCAGUUUAGGGCAACAGUAAAUUAUAUCUUAUUUACUUUUAAACCCUUCCACUUUUUUAUGUUAAUGUUCCUUUAAGUUCUGUACUGUUUAAGGUAAACUGCCUCUUUAAGAUAUCUGCUUUUCUGUAUUUCAGGUCAUACAGGUGAUACAGGCACCAGUGGAAAAAAAAAACAUUAGAAUAAUGUAUUAAAAAGUUUUAUUUGCAGCUUCAUAUUUGAAAAUUGUGUAAAAUCCAGUGCAAAAGCAGCAGUAAAAAAAAGUCUUUGAUUUGGAUUGGAGUUUAUACCUAUGACUUUGGCUUCCUCUAUUGUUAAAGCUGCAUUGUGUAAUUUUGAAGCGAAUCUGAUGUUGCAAUAAAAAAAAAUAAAGGGGAAAUUAAGUCAUCCCAUUAAGUUAAGCGUUUCUUUUAGAACAGGGUAUAUUUCCAAUAUAUAUGCAUUAUUUUUUUUUUUUCUUACUGUUGUAAAGAUAAAACCAGCCCUACCUAAAUUAAGAAAUUUAGACAGUUAUCGGCAGCCUUAUACUCUCAGCGUAGCUGGACCCCAUUGAUGCAGAGAAUACACAUCCAGUGACUAGUAUACUUCCUUACGAUUGGCUCCUAUUGCACACGGAGGACUAUGUAGAAUGAGAUCAAUUGGAUUACUUUAGAAUCUAAGCAGGGGAUGACUGAGGCUGUCAUUGACUGUGGUUGAACUUGGAUUGUUAUCUGUACAACAGUAAUUAAACAUAAGUAUUGGAAUCUUACUUGUCUUAGGGAUUCUAACAGAAUCCCUUAAUGUAAUAGGAUAAAUAUGUAUCCUUUUAAAGGGGAUGUCAAAAUCUAAACUCAGUGUUUAUAUAUAUAUAUAUAUAUAUAUAGCCCUAAGAGAGGGAAGCACUAUAAAAGGUGAUGUUCUAAAAAAACAGGUGGUAAAGCAAUUAAAACACAGCUAACCAAAGCUCUGUAUUCUUCAGUGUCUAGUUGAAUAAGGAGUGGGCAUGUUUCACUCUCUUCACACUCCAGUAAACAAAGUCCUGUGCUUUAUUUCAAGUCUGGUACAUGACAGUCCCCGCUUUUGGUUUGCUACAGUGCAAUCCUCUGCUUUUUUUUCACAUCAGGACAGCCACUUGCCAUGUUUGGUUACAGGAGCUGUGAGCAGACCAGAUGUCAGGGGCAUAGGAUAUGAUGCAAAAUAGAAAGACUUCUAAUACAAAAAAAAGGUAGAGAAUUUUUAAUGAAUUUAUAUUCAGAUUUAUUUAAUUUGGUAUAAUUAACACACAAGGAUUAAGAUUUUUGACUUGACAUCUUUAAAACAUUAUUCAGAAACAAACUGCUGUAGUCUUAGGGAAUUUUGUUUGAUUAAAAAUGUUAUUACUGAGGAGUAUAGAGAAAUGUUUAUGUUCCUCUUAAUAGUUUUGGUAUUAAUGUGUUGUAAUGUGUUCUGUUUUGUACAUAUAUCACAGAUAUAUAUGAAUUCCAGUCCUAGCACUGAAUAAAUGCAGCUUCUUUUUCUGGUAUCUGCUUAGACAAUACUGAAUGUAUUUAUUUAAAAUACUGAAUACAUUAUUUUUCUUUAUUUAUAUUGCAUCUACAUAUUCUGCAGUGCUAUAAAUGAAACCAAAUUGAAAAAAAAUAUUUAUUUAAAUUUAUUAGAACCUAUUGUUGCUUUGUAAUGUGUAAUAAAGAAGUAAACCAAA